AUGAGCGAUCAUCCCAGUAAAGAUAUAUUCCAGUGGUGAAGAUCUGAACGGAAGCCAUGACUACGACCUUAUUUUCUCCAAAUUCAAGUAUAAUUAGCGCUCCUAGUUGUGGAGCGCAAUGUUUUUUUUCCCAGCACACAACGUUGUUGGUUGUUCCACAACAAAAGAUAUUUCUGGGGACUACGAUUCGGAACCGUCAAGCGUUUGGGAAGGAGGAAUCGUCGAAUAGAAUUGUGGUGGUGGGUGGGACGCAAGGCUCUGCAGAUUCAAGCAAGUCAGAAGAGACAAUCCCUUCGUGGGCCAAACCAGAUUCAGAUGAACCCCCACCUUGGGCUGGGGACGAGGCCAACAACAAUGCUUCCCAACAAGGAUUAGCCAUCCCUUUCUAUGUCUAUUUACUGGCGUCUGCUAUUACCGCCAUUGCCGCUAUUGGUUCCAUAUUCGAGUACGUGAACCAAAGGCCAGUUUUUGGAGUUUUGACCUCCGACAGUGUAUUUUAUGCUCCCCUGCUUGGAUUCUUUACCUUCACUGGCAUUCCCUUCGCGGGAUAUUUGUGGUUCAAGUCCGUUCAAGCUGCUAACAAGGAAGCUGAGGAACAAGACAGGAGGGAUGGCUACUGAUAGGGAUAAGGGUCUCAUGAUCCAAACAUUUCAUAUCAUUGCUGCCAUCUGCUUCACACCUUCUCUUCUCAUGACUCAAGCAAACUUUCCUUCCCCAGAUUGGAUAAUAGAUGCCCUUUUACCUUUUUCAGCCUUUCUCUAUCUAACUUUGGGUUUUGCUCAAAAACAAACACUUUUGUGAAAUCACAUCAAUAUACAAAGUGAGAGAGUACUGAUUAACUUAAUAUGAGAGAUCACCAAGUCAUAACGUAAUAAUCAUUAUUCAACCAGAGAUCACACUGUUUCUACUAUGAAAAGAUGCCGUACUUCUGAAACAAAAAGGGGGGGGGGGGAAGCAUCAUGGACAGCAUUUACAGACGCUAUUCCAUCUUUUGGUUAUUGCCACCUUAUGACAGAGUUGGAGUAUUUCAAGCAAUCUGCUUUGCCUACCUCAUUACUGUUUCUGCGUCGGCUUAAGAGGGAAACUGCAUUAUGUUGGUGCAAAACUUGCCGACUCAUAUUGUUGUCCUCGUCCUUCCUUGUGCCCUGCUUCACCUCUCAGACCAAUUGGUCCGAGGUAAUACUCUCGAGUAGAUGCGAAUACCUUCUCUGCCAUAUAUUAAACAUAGUAAUACUAAUAAAUGAAUUUCAUGCCGAAGAUUGUAAAAGUUUUAUUGCAUUUAAGUUACUCUAUUAAAAGAACUUAUAUUAUAUUACUGGUUUUAACUCGUUUAUUGAUUACUGACGAUGGAUUUGAUUCAUAAA